UAAAUCAAAAUGAAAAAUGCUGUCUUGGCAACUAACAAAAGAAAUGUUUUUAUAUUUUAUUCCAAUGUAUUUUUAUGGUUUUAGUUUUAAUAAACAAUAAUAACCCUGGCCACAAGCAGGUAACACACAGGUGCACUCUCUCUGUAAGCCAUAUAUCUGAUGUCAUUUAAUGCCCUGCAGGUUUAAGGUGCAAAUAUUUCAGUUCCAGGUCGAUCUAUUCUUAUCUCAAUAGAAGAAAAGUACAUUAAACUUCCUGUUUUUGUCUAUAAUCAAUAUGGUUUGUGUGGGAAGCCACAAAGAAAAAAGCACCUUUUCAUAUCCACUUGCUUGAUGAUGCCGCACCUAAGUCACACACACAUGUUUCUGGUGCUGAUUCAGAAUGAGAAGAGGAACUGACAGCGUUUUGUAGUUUCCUGCCAAGUGUGCAGAAAGUCUGGGUCAGGUUCACAUACACACACACACAGAAACACACACACAGCAUCCGUACACCCCCGCGCACGCGCCUCUCGAUUACAUCUUCGUCAACUGACUGUUGUGACGAGUGGCCAGUGGAAAAGAAAAACUAAUUAGUCAUUGUAGAAAUUGAGUGUUCCAAUCUCCACAAAGAAGCGAUUUUCCAGCGUCCUCAAGGAUUCUUAUAUAAGGUGAUUGUCUACCUGUCGACAGUAUGACGGACAUCAAUUCAAGUAGCUUUAGAGAAGUUAAAGAAGAAAACUUGCAGCUUAAACAUGAAGGCGUCUGUGUGUAUUGUGUUUGCAGUGGUUUGUUGGAUCGCAGCGCAGGCAGAGGAGUCGCCAAUGAUCCUCACGCUCAGUAAAGUUAUGAAUGAACUCAACAGGAUCAACAAAGACAUGGUAAAGGACAAAAGCACAAGUUUGAACUCACCCACCAUCUACGAUCUGAAGGACUGCUGUGUUGCACCUGCUCUGGAAUGUUUUCGGUCCCAAGUGCUUAACCUGAAAGUAGAAGGCAAACUAAAGCGGUCACAGAAGAUCAUCUUCAAUGAGCUUCGCAAAUCAUUCAUGGUGAAAGGUGUGUCCAGUUGCAAACCUGAAGAGAUACAGACAUCUCAGUGCAAAUCAUGUGACUCGUACAACAAGGUUGACAGCCAAAUGUUCGUGCAGAGUUUUCAAACUCUUCUGCAAAAGAUCUAUGCCACUCAAGCAUAGAGAUGAAAGAGUGAAGAGACUGUGUGUAUAACACUACCUGACCAACCCACAGCAGAGAAGAGCUCCACACGCUACGCUGCUCCUGCUGUCCUAUUUAUUGAUUAUUUAUUGAACUUUUUCUUGUUUGUUUUAAGUAGAGGAUAUGUUAAAGGAAUGUCCAUGUUUCUAUGUACAGGGCAACAGCUUCUUUAUGAAAUAAGAGCUCCGUUAUUAAUUACAUGUUUUUGUUUUGUUAUACCGCCACCUUGUGGUGAGAUACCGUCUUCACAACAGUCCUGUUCCUGGAAAGAGGGGUGGUUUCCCUGAUGAAGAUGAAUCCUUAUGCAACAACACAAGGGCUUUCUGGUAGAUUUGUCACUUUAUUAAGUACGCUAGGAAUUUAAUUCUUAAUCUUUGUCAGGAAAACCACUCAUUCCGAUGAAAUGUUACCAAUGUAUCUUUAAAAAGCAGAUACACUUAUAUGUCUCACAGUGAGAUGCAUAUUUUUGGAUGAUAUUUAUUUGACAUUAAAAUAUUUCUUUACGUUUACUUCA